CACGUGAUUCUACUAGAACAUUGCUUUGUGCUGAAUUGCUUAUGAAUUUGUCUGGCUCCCACUUUUUAAUUCCCUUUUCGCGUGAAACGUAUCUAAUCUUCGACAGCUGACGAAUUAUCAGAUUACCAUGGAAACGGCAGAAAGAUGGCAGUGACGUACAGAGCAAUUGAACGCUAUUCAGCCCGUCGGCUGCCACCACUGCCGUCUGAAAGCGCGGGACUGAAACAGGUUAAUCACAUCAUUUGUCGGGCAGCCUCUUAUCAUUUUGCUAGGCUCAAAUCACUAAUCAAUACGGAUUUGAACCUAUUUGGCACCGUCCGAUUGUGGCUGACGAAUCUCCUGCUCGUUGCUUACUUCACUCUGGUGCCUUACCAUCUUCUCUCUGCAGUGCUGAAAUGGACCGUCAGAUGGCUACUGACCUACUAUUACUCCAGCCGAAAAGGCAUCCGUUGCGUGACUUUUGACAAUGAUGCCAACCGGAAUCACAAAGGGCACUCUUCGUCUUGGGCCUUCUCGGUUUACCUGGUCGAUUCCGGCGGUACCAGUCCGACGCAGCUCCUGCAAUCGAUUAUAGAUUGCGUAAAAGAUCAACCCGCUUUGAAACUUGUACGCAAAGCCGAAGCCUUUGGUUGGAUCCAUUUAUGGAAAAUUCCGGAACCAAGUACACUCCCAAUGACGGUGCAAGAACUACCUCCGGUUUGGAAGCACCAGCUCGUCACGGAAGACUCUGUUCACGAAUACGUGUCGGAAGUUUAUCAGCGUCCGGACGGAAUAGAAACGGAUACCCAACGCCCACCUUGGAGAGUUUACUUGAUUCCUUUAGCGCUGGCCGACGAUCCCGAUAAAGUUUUCUCCAGCACAAGUAAUUGCUGUUUGCUGGUCCGAUGUCAUCGCCUCUUGUGUAAUCCGCUGGACUCACUCGUCCGUGAGGCGCUUGACAAGCGCUGGAUUGAAAGAGAUGGCCCUGCACCCAGCAGAGUUUCUAAAAGUUUUGAUACUCCACAGCGAGCUGUAGUGACCGGAAGCGGAUGCGUUCACGUGUCGUGGACGCAUCCGAUCCCAUCGAUCGACUUCAUCGAUCGCAUAUGUCUGCUGACUGGCGCCACCUCCGCACAGGUUGUCCUCGCCGCCCUCUGCCAGUCCAUCAACCAGUGCUGCAAACAAUCAGCCACUUCAGCCGCAAUACUUCAAGUGGAAAUGACGGCUGGCUCGUCUCACGAUUAUUACACACUUCCGCUCGGUUCGGCGAGCCUUGAAGAUGGACAGUUCGUUCUGAAAACACUUGAACGCCAGCUGGAAAAGCCCAGCCAAUCUUACCGUACGAUUCCGGCACACAGUUGUUUUCCAUUGCACCGAAUGGCUGCUCAAACGAACGUUUUGUCAGUGCAAAUGGAUGUUGUUGACAGUUCCAAGUCUCUACCCGGAAUCUCGGGUUCCUUUUUUCAAUGGACUGCAUUUCCGACGCCUUUAAUUCCCAUCCGGCUCUGCCUCUGGACGGGCGAUUCCACCAUCCGACUGGGCCUCAUCCAGCAUCAUCAACUCUUGUUCCCGGUGAAAGCGGAUGACGUUGAACGUCGGAUCCAUCAAUUAGCAGCCGGAUUGGGCGUCCAAAACCGUCGUCCCCUUUCGCCCCAUUCUUCUCCAUCCAGCUCGCCCCAUCGGCUCACUCCGCCGCCCACGCCCCGUCUCUAAGACAUCUCCCGUUGAAACGAAAGAACACACUUCCCUCCUCCGCCCGUCGAAACUCGAAUACACGAUGCAAUUGUUUUCAAAAGAAAA